GCUCCUAAGAGUCCGCUUAUGAGCGUCGGCGUGUUUUUCAGCGGAGAGACUGAAGAAAAGAAGAAGAAAGAGAGAAGAAAAAGUUCAGUUCUGCAGUUGUUUCUUUUGGAAGAGAGGAAGGAGAAGAGGAAGAAGAAGAAAGAGAAAAAGAAGAAGAAGAAAUGGAACUUACAGAAGUUUUGAGUUUUUUAGUCUACUAAUAUUUAAACUUAUGGUGCCGGAGAUUCAAUAAUUCAGCCUGCAGACAGACAGGCAGAGAGACAGUUGGACAGAGAGGGACAGGCAGUCCCUCUGUGGGCUAAUUGAUCCUGGACGGGCAGUGAGACAGCCAGCAUCUGUCUAUCUGCUUGUCUUUUUCCUGUCUGUCUCUCGGCGUGUCUGUGUGUCCCGGAGGAUGGCACCGGGGCGUGUCGCCGCCCUCCGCUGGCCCCGAGGCCCCUCCGCCGGCCACAUGCAGCUCUGACAUACCGUUGAGCCAGAACCGGACCCGGAUCAACUGUCCCGUGCUACUCCUGCGGGUCGAUCCGUACCAAGGCGGACUGAGGAGUCCACGUGGGCUCAGGAUGCCCUCAGAGGUGACUGUGGGGCUGCUCCUCAGGGUGCUGCUGCCCCUCAGCUUGGCUGCAGCUUGUGCGUUGAGGUUUAAUGGAUUCUCUCUGGUCUACGUCCUCCUGCUGCUGCUGCUGCCUCUACUGCGAGGACCCCCCACGUCCUCCCCCUCAGGUAACGCGUGUCCCUGCGUGAAGGCCGUGUGCGUCUCCAGCUUCCUCUUCCUGUUGCUUCAGUCCUUCUUCCAGCUGACCUCCGCCACGCUGCAGCCAGACAACAACUGUACGUCGUGGCAGAAAACUCUGGCUCAGCUCGGCCUGGUCAGUCUGACAGGAAGUGACCCAGGCUCGGCAGUGAGACAGGUGUUUCCAGAUGUUGGCGUGCUGGUUGUUGGUCUGCUGACCUGGAGGUUAAUUGGAAGACUGAAUGAGGACGCACACAUGCAGCCCCAGCAGGAGGAGGAGAUGCAGGAUGAGCUGAUGUUUGAGGAGGACUCUGUGCUCGAGGAGGAGGAGGAGGAGGAGGAGGAGGAAGGAAGCAGGAACAAGGUUCUGGUUGAAAUGGAGAUACUGGUGUUAAAAACCAGGAAGAUGUUGGGAAACAUGACAACGACCGGAGGGAAAGUCCUGCUUACGGUCCUACUGGGACUCACAGGCAUCAUGUUCCCCUCUCUCUCCUCCCUGCCCUACCUCCUCUGUUUCCAGGUGUUGUGUACCUGGUGGGCGUGGUCAGGCCGGGUCCCGCCUCUUGCCUUCAGGUGUGUGUCUGUGGUGUCACUGCUCUACUCCUCAUUCCAUUUCCUGCUCCUCUACUGUUACCAGCUGCCCUCCUUGCAGGAGGCGUGGCCGCCGAACCGCACCUCCGUCAGUGUCUUUGGUCUCCUGCCCCUGGUCUCUGGGAACUGUUCUGCCCCCUGGAGGUUGCAGGUGAACUCUGAGCUCAGCUGGUUUCACUUCACCAGUCCUCUGAUGCUGAUCCUGCUCUACAACACUGUGGCCACUCUCUGGAGGAACCAGCUGAUCGAUGGCGUCGGGUGGUGGCGCACAGAGAGGGAGGAGUCAGCCAUCAUUGGCAGCUGUGACAUCAUGACUGCCACCAGCAACCUGAGCGAUGAGGUCGGCAGUGACAUCACAGCAGAGAGACGGAGAGAGAUGUGGAGGAGAGCUCACACUCGUCCCGAGUGCAGAGGCGGAUCAUCCACCAAUGACAGUCCCUCUGACUCGUUUGCCCCGCCCACCCAGAGCACAGCCUUUGAAUUGGAUGUUUACACCGCGCCUCACUACUCUCUCAGCCAAUCAGACACGUUGGAGACGUGUGUGUUUGAAGGAGACGGAUGGGAGGAGGAGCAGGGAGAGGAUGAAGAGGAGAGGAGGAGGACAACGACCAGAGGAGAGGAGGAGAGGAGAAGGGAGGAAGAGGGAGUCAGUGCUGCGUCCAGGGCGUUCACUUUCCUCCUCAAGCAGAGUUACAUCUGUGCUCUGAUAGCCAUGAUGGCGUGGCCCAUCACAUACGUGUCCUGGCUGACAUGUGUCCUGCUGCUGUGGUCGUGCGUCCUCUGGAUGAUGCGAGAGCGUCGCCGGUACACGCUGAUGUCAUCGCCCUGGCUGGUUGCCUACGGCAACCUGCUGGUCCUCCUGCAGUACGUCUACAGCUUCCCCCCCAUCCGAGAAGUCCCAGGACUGUUCCCGAGGAAAGAAGAUCCCUGCAGGGAGCUGGGCUCCAAGCUGUUGUGUCUCUUGACCUUCUGGCUGCUGCUGCGUCAGGCCCUAACUGAGAAAAGAGACAGACAGAGGGACAAACAGCUGUCUCACAUCACCGUCCACACGUUGGAGGAGCAGCCGAGUGCCGAUGACGACGUGCAGGAGGAGAAGGAGGAGGUGUCCUACGAGGAGGUGCUGCUCCUGCACACAGGAGGAGGAGGAGCGGUCAAGAUGGAGGCCCUCGUUGCCGUGGUUACCAGGAUGUUUGUCAAAUACUGGAUCUACGUCUGCGGAACGAUGUUCUUCUUCGUUAGUUUUGAGGGAAAAAUCGUCCUCUACAAAGUCAUCUACAUGGUUAUGUUCCUCUACUGCGCCGCCCUCUACCAGUUGAACUACGAGCGUUGGCGUGCCAUGCUCAGGGGUUUCUGGGUAGCCGUGGUGGUUUACUCCAUGUUGGUUCUCAUCCUGGUCUACACUUUCCAGUUCCCCUCCUCCCUCCACACCUGGAGCUACUACACCGGAUUAAGUACUCACAGGUUGGAGGACGUUGGUUUGGAGAAGUUCUCCGUUCCUGUUCUCUUCACUAGGAUCUUCAUCCCUGCUGCGUUCCUCUUGGUGUGCAUCGUUCACCUGCAUUACUUCCACAAGCCCUUCCUGCAGCUGACCGACCUGAAGACUGUGGUGGACACGCACAACAGCACCAUCACCAGGCUGGUCCACUCUGACGGAAGCCUGUUCGACCUGUCCGUGUGUGAAACUCCUCAACUCCUCUUGGAGGCCGAGAAGAGCAGAGGACAGAAGGAGUGGGAAGAGGAGGAGGAGCCAGAAGCGAAAUGGAUAAAAGAGGAGGAGGACUCCCCCUGUGUGUUUGAGAGGGAGACCCUGUCCGACCACAUCAAAGUGCUGGUCUCCUGGAGGUUGGUGGUAGACCGUCUCUCUGUUUUGUUCUUGCGCCUCCUCCUCUCCUUGCAGCGCCUGCAGCACCUUCUGUGGUGGAUCUUGGAACUCCACAUAGUCAAGAUCGUCUCCUGCUACAUCAUCUGGGUCUGUGUAAAGGAGGUGUGCGUGUUUAACCUGCUGUUCGUGCUAUGUGUGGCCGUGGCUCUGCCAUUCAGGGCGUGGCGCCCCCUGCUGUUAGGAGUGUGUACAGUUUGGACCUGUGUGGUGACCGUCUGUAAGAUGUUGUACCAGCUCAACAUUGUCCAGCCCUUCAGAUACUCCUCCAACUGCACCAUGCCAGGUAACUCCAGCGCCGACCUGUCUCGCUCUGUUCUGUACUCCGGUGCAGUUGACCCCGCCCAGUGGGUUGGUCUACGGAAGACUGACGGAAAACUGCUGGACUACCUGAGGCAUAACCUGAUGAUAUUAGCGCUGUUAGCCUUCGAGGUAACAGUUUACAGACACCAGGAGCUCUACCGACUCCGCCGUAACGAGGUUCCGCCCCCCACCAAAACGCUGUUUCAUGACAUCACCAGGCGUCACCUGGACGACAGCGUGCUAAGCUGUGUGAAGUACUUCCUCAACUACUUCUUCUACAAGUUUGGCCUGGAGACCUGCUUCCUGUUGGCUGUGAACGUGAUUGGUCAGCGGAUGGACCUGUUUGCUGUAGGCCACGCCUUCGGCCUCAUCAGCGUCCUAUCAAAGCGUCGCAGGAAGCACAUUGCCUCAGUGUGGCCCAAGUACUGCUACUUCCUGUCAGGGCUUCUAUGCUUCCAGUACAUCCUGUGUAUCGGGUUCCCUCCGGCCGCCUGUAAAGAUUAUCCAUGGAGACCUCCGUCCUCCAACAUGGACUCCAACGUGGUGAAGUGGCUCUUCCUACCUGAUCACCUGAGCCCUCCAAACCCAAUCUUCCUCCUCUAUGACUUCUUGCUCCUCCUCGGUGCCUCUCUGCAGCUGCAGGUGUUUGAGGAGGAGCUCCAGUCGUCGGUUCAGAUCCUCGCGGGAGACAACUGUGAGCUGGACGAGGAUGACGCACAGGUCCCAGAUCCAAUCAGACGACUCCGUCUCAACACAGGCCCUGACUUCAUGCUGUGCAGGUCUUACCUGGACAUGAUGAAGCUUAUCAUCUUCAGCUACAUGUUUUGGUUUGUCCUCACCAUCAUCUUCAUUACUGGGACUACCAGGAUCAGUAUCUUCUGUAUGGGUUACCUGGUGGCGUGUUUCUACUUCCUGUUGGUUGGUGGAAAUCUGCUGCUGAAACCAGUGAAAUCCAUCCUGGUGUACUGGGAUUGCCUAAUUGGCUACAACGUGUUCGUCAUCACUAUGAAGAACAUUCUGUCGAUCUUGGCCUGUGGUUUCAUCAAGUCGUUGGUGUCAAACCACUGCUGGCUGAUUCAGCUCUUCAGUCUGGCCUGCACCAUCAAAGGAUACACCAAACCGGAGCAGCAGAGCAGUAAGCAGUGUGAGUUGCCUAGCGACGAGGCCGGCAUCAUUUGGGAUGGCGUUUGCUUCUGUUUUCUGUUGCUUCAGAGGCGGGUCUUCAGGAGCCACUACUUCCUGUGUGUGGUCCUUGACCUUCAAAAUACACAACUGCUGGCCUCCAGGGGUGCGGAGCUCUUUGAGGCGUCCACAGUGAAAGCUGUCAGAGCGAGGCUAGAGGUGGAGAAGACCUCCAUGGACCUUCUGAAGAGGCAGAUGGAACGAAUAAAAUCCCGACAGAAGAAGUUCCGCAGAGGAAAAGAGAAAUUGUUGAGUUUGACCCAAAGCAGUUUCCGUACCGAAGAUCAGGACAACAGGAAGGGGCGGAGCCAGAAGAAGUGGUGGAGACCCUGGGUAAACCACGCCUCCAUGGUGAGGAGCGGUGACUACUACCUGUUUGAGACGGACAGUGAGGAGGACGAGGAGGAGGAGGAGGAGGAGAAGAAGAAGAAGGAGGAAAAGCUACCUGAGAAAUCAGCCUUCCAGUUUGUGUAUCACGCCUGGAUAACUGAUUCCAGAACAGCAAUGAGAGCUCGCAACAACCAAGAGAGACUCUGGAAGAAGAAGACAUCUGAUCGAAAGAGCAGGGAGGAGGAGAGGAGAGAAGCUUUAGGAAUAGAAGUGACGGAGGACACUGAGGAGGAUGGAGAAGGGGAGGAGGAGGAGGAGAAAGAGGAGGGACCAGACACUGUGCUGCGUCGGUUCUCCGGCACCUUGCGGUUCUGUUGGGUUCUGCUGUCGGCUCUGCUGGACUCUCUGACUGCCUGGCUCAGCGGCCUGUGUCAGGAGCACAUCGACAUCUCCACCGUCCUCCGCAUCGAGCGCUGCAUGCUGACGCAGCAGGCCAAGCAGGGUAACGUUCCCACCAGAGAGGCGAUCCACGUCUACUACCAAGAGCAGAUGAUGAGAGCCUCCAGAGACGGUUCCCAUGAGGCCGAGCGGCAGGCCUCGGCAGAGAGAAGAUGGGAGCAAGAAGAAGAGACGGUGAGUCCUGAUGCUGAGGAACCAGACGAGGAAACAGAGAGUAUUCCAGAAAAACCAGGAUCAAGACCACCAUCGGGAGGAGCUGCACAUGAACCAGUACCAGAACAAGAAUCAGGAGAAGCGGGUUCAGGUGAACCAGAACCAGAAUCAGGAGAAGAUAGUUUGUGUCAACCAGAACUAGAACCAAUAUCAGGAAAUAGUGGAUCAGGUAAACCAGGACCAGCAUCUGGAGAAGGUGGCCCAGGUGAACCAUCUUCAGGACUUGAAGCAAACAGAGUAACAGCAGCAGGUAACCCAUCGUUGGAAGAUCACCCAGAAGGUCUGGUGACUACAAUCCGUCAAAGACGGCGACCCAAACUGACCCGGAUGGAGAGAGUCGGAGCUUCAUCGUCCUCCUUAUCUUCAGAGGAUGGUGGUGACGAGCAGAUGAGAGCUGAAGAAUCAAAGCAGACUCCCACCAGCGCCUCCUCCCCUACCUCCCUCUCCUCCCUCCUCCUCCCCCCCUCCUACAGCCUCGCUCUGGGCCUGGAGCUGGAGGCGGACGUCCUGGUGGAGGUGGAGGAAGAGGCCGAGGAAGGACUCAGGAAGCGCUUUGACCGGAGUGACAUCCUGUCCGACUCGGCCUCCACUUCCUGUCCAGCGGCGUCUCGAGCUCAGGAGCUGACGGCCAGCGAGCUGCUGCGGAGCAGGACCUUCUACGAUGAGGAGCUGGAGGCGUCAGACCGCUUCUACAGUGAGCAGCCCCAGCUGCUCCAGCUGUGCUACGCCCUCUACAACAUCCUGGCGGCCAGGUCGGAAACAGUGUGCUACCUGGUCAUCGUGCUGAACCACAUGGUGUCGGCCAGCUGUCUGACGUUGGUACUUCCUGUUCUGGUCUUUCUGUGGGCCACUCUGUCCGUCCCUCGACCCAGUAAGACCUUCUGGAUGACGGCCAUCAUCUACACCGAGGUCACCAUCGUCAUCAAGUAUUUCUUCCAGUUUGGUUUCUUUCCGUUUAACCAGAAGCUGGAGGUAGAUCGCUCCAAACCUUUCCAUCCUCCAAACAUCCUUGGGGUGGAGAAGAAAGAGGGCUACGUCCUAUAUGACCUCCUACAGCUUCUUGCGUUGUUCUACCACAGAGCCAUACUCAAGUGCCACGGACUUUGGGACCAGACUAUCACCACGGAGACGGACGCCAUCCAUCUUCACGACAACCGAGCCGACCCCUUCCGCGGCUUCAUCGAUCCGACGGAGCUCAGCGCGCAGCGUCGAGGGCGGAGACGGACGACCUCCAGUCGCUCUCCUGCAGGCAGCGAGACGUCCAGAGCUCAGCGGCCCGGCAGGUUGGAUCUGCUGCUGGAGAAGCUCAGAGAGCUUUCCAUCAGAGCCAAGAAGGUCUCCGUCAGCAGGUGUUUGUCUCUUUACCGUCCCGUCCUUCACUUCUUCAGAGCUCUCGUCCAACCAGAAUACAGCGCCGUCACUGAUGUUUACGUCCUCAUGUUCCUCGCUGACACCGUUGACUUCAUCAUCAUCGUCUUUGGCUUUUGGGCCUUCGGAAAACACUCUGCGGCUGCUGACAUCACUUCCUCCCUCUCAGAAGACCAAGUUCCUGAAGCGUUCUUGGUGAUGGUUCUGAUCCAGUUUGGCACCAUGGUGAUAGACCGGGCUCUGUAUUUGAGGAAGACCGUUUUGGGCAAACUAGUCUUCCAGGUGAUAUUGGUUUUUGGGAUUCACUUCUGGAUGUUCUUCAUCCUGCCAACAGUCACCGAGAGGCGGUUCAACCAGAACCUGGUGGCUCAGCUCUGGUACUUUGUUAAGUGUGUUUACUUCGGCCUGUCGGCCUAUCAGAUCCGCUCUGGAUACCCAACACGAGUUCUGGGAAACUUCCUGACGAAGAGCUACAACUACCUCAACCUCUUCCUCUUCCAGGGUUUCCGUCUGGUCCCAUUCCUGACGGAGUUGAGGGCGGUGAUGGACUGGGUGUGGACAGACACCACUUUGUCUCUGUCCUCUUGGAUCUGUGUGGAGGACGUGUAUGCCCACUGCUUUGUCCUAAAGUGCUGGAGAGAGUCUGAGAAGAGGUACCCUCAGCCCCGCGGGCAGAAGAAGAAGCGCGUGGUGAAGUACGGGAUGGGAGGUCUCAUCGUGCUGCUGCUGAUUUGCAUCGUCUGGUUCCCGCUGCUCUUCAUGUCACUCAUCAAAUCAGUCGCCGGCGUCGUCAACCGACCCCUCGACGUCUCUGUGACCAUCACGUUGGGAGGCUUUCAGCCCAUCUUCACCAUGAGUGCGCAGCAGAAUCAACUGAAAGAUCUGACGGAGGAGGACUUCACCUCCUUCACCAGCUCCUACAGCUACACACCUAGUGCCUUGCAGUUCCUGGAGGCCUAUGGUCAUGAGGACGUGACGGUGGCGGAGCUGCAGGGCAGCAGUAACUCUCUGUGGACCAUCAGCCCCCCCAGCAGGCAGUACCUGAGCCAGGUGCUCCGUCUGGACCACUUCCCCCUGACGCUGUCCUGGACGGUGCAGAGGAACCUGAGUCUCGGGGCGAAGGCAGAGCUUGCGUCAGGUAAACAUGUGACCUACCUGGACGACCAGACCCGCCUCGAGCUCAUCCAGCUGCUGAACGGGACGAGGUCACUUCCUGUGGUCAUACAGGAAGUGUUUCCGUGUUUCAUUCGAGCACCGAGCGACUCGAACUCCAAACCCAUCGAGCAGCUCUACAAAGAUGACCACUACAAGGACAUCUUGCUGGCCCUGGAACGGUCGACCAAUCAGAGCCAAGAGAUCCAGGACUGGUGGAUCGUCGACCAACCAGGUGCCACUCUGGUUCCUAUUGAAGGCGGAUCCUUGCUGAAUGACAGGAGGGAGGCGGGGCUUCAGCUGUUUGUGUUCAGUGAUAAAGUCAGUCCUCCGAGUCUGGGCUUCCUGGCUGGAUACGGCAUUAUGGGUCUCUAUGCGUCGGUGGUCCUGGUCAUCGGAAAGUUUGUGCGGGAGUUCUUCAGCGGGAUCAGUCACUCCAUCAUGUUCGAGGAGCUGCCGUGUGUCGACCGCAUCCUCAAGCUGUGCACGGACGUCUUCCUGGUGAGGGAGACAGGUGAGCUGGAGUUGGAAGAGGAGCUCUACGCUAAGCUCAUCUUCCUGUAUCGUUCGCCGGAGACUCUGAUCAAAUGGACGCGGCGAUGACCUCAUCGAUGGACACCAACCUGAUUGCAAACAGUAGUCGUUGUGACCCAGAGUGACAUCACAAACUGUGACAUCACGGAGCGUCCUCGGCCAAGACGGUUCUCUCUGUGACCAAUGGGAGCUGUGGGGGGGCGGAGCAAACGUUUUGAUGAAAUCCACUGAUCAAUAACCUCAGUGCCCCCCCCCCCCUCAUCCUCUACCAUUAUUUAUGUGUUAUGAAAUAUUUCCUGUGUAUCCAUCGACACUCAGCCGCUGGGUCUCUGUAGAGAGAGAUAUGCAGGGGCUCGUUGCUAUGCUAAGCUAAGCUAUGCUAAGCUAAGCUUAAACUAAUGGUAAGAGAAAGGUGUGAGAUGAGCCAGAGGUCAAUAAAGCUUUGAAAUAAUUGAAUGCAGCUGUUCAUAAAGUCACCACAUUACUGCGGAAUCACAAUCUCACAGAAUAUUUAGUCAUAGUCGCCUUUGUCUUGUUCUAAUGACAGAAAACUGGAAGUAGAUGUAGCACAUCCAGGAAGUAGAUGUAGCACGUCCAGGAAGUAGACGUAGCACGUCCAGGAAGUAGACGUAGCACGUCCAGGAAGUAGAUGUCGUUGGAUUGUGGUUUAUAGUAAAUCAGUUUACCUCACUGCUUUCUGACUGAAUACAAUAACUGUAAACUAUAAACUUUCUUCUAAAAUACAGAAUACUUAGAAAUAAAAU